CGUUAGAUAUUUGACUUGAAUAAUACAUGAAAAUAGAAUAACAACUGACAUGGUCUCCUUAACUAUCCGUACAUCGCAAGUUUGCUAAAUUCACAACCAAAACUAUGAGUUAUUCCACAGUUUCUCAUGUUGCCCAUGAUUCCUACACUGAUUACCCUCCUCCACCUCCAGGUGGAUAUCCUGCACCUGUCCCGCCACCACCACCUCGCCCAGGAUUUGCACAGGGAUAUGGCCUUGGGCCUGCUCCCCGGCCUGAGUAUCAACGAUACUUUGCUGAUAACUACCCACCUCAAGUAACCCAUGUUCAUCACAGUGGCCCAACUCAUCGCCCCUAUCACCCACCUUAUGACCAGCCCUAUGAUGGCUGUUCUUCCUUCCUCAGCGCUUGUUUGUCUGUUUUUUGUUGCUGCUGUCUCCUGGAGCAGUGUUGCAGACCCAAGUGGUGAUCCCUUGUGGUGUUUGUUGAAACAAUAUAUAUAACCAUAAAUCAUAAUAGUAUAAUAAAGUAAUAAGUUGUUAAUUAAUGUUUUUGCGGUGUUAUAUGAACCGUUUCAAUUACGUUUGUAAUAUCUUAGUUUAAUCAUGGAUGUUAAUUACUAUCAA